AGCUCCAGCUCUGGCUCCCUUCUCUUCAUUAACUCUGCCGGGCCUGCACGCGGCCGUCCUCGAGAUCAAGCCACCACGCGCCAAAUCCGGCAGCAUGUAAUGCGAGACAUUGGCAAGGCUCGACGGAAGCCGCGUCGAAAUCCUCAGGUCGACCUUGAAGUUCGAUCUGCAAAGAGGAAUGCGGGUCCAUCCUCGACAUCCUGCUCCUGUACGGCUGUAGGGCUGAACCAGGUACUAUGCGGCUGCUGCACUCAGCUGGCUGCAGGUGCGGCGAGUUUGCCGCCUCCAUCUCGUCCAUUUUGGGACCAGCAUCCGUUGGCCAUGAUGGAACACAACUGGGGGAUGGAUGCGUUUGCAGCGUACGGCCUGGCCCUGGCUGUCAACUGGGAACAGUCUUAUGCCGCUUCUGAUUUCUGCCGGGACUUCCUCACCGGGCCCGAAGUCCGCGCAGCUAUUCACUCUCAAUCGAAAGAAAGGAGUAGAGCUUUUGCAUUGGCUCGCUUCAUGGAAGUGACAUCCUGCAUAAACAGGCGGCUGCUGCAACCAGACGUCAGCGAAGCCACAGCUAUCAACGUCAUCCAAGCAGUCAUGGGCUGCAUCUGCUAUAAUUUCAUUGUUUCGGAUUUCGAACAAGCUCGCGUCCAUCUAAGUGGACUGAAAGUCAUGAUUGCUGCAAGAGGCGGGAUUGAGAGCCUUGCAAACAACAGUCGCAUUCUCCUGAUGCUUUUCUGGGUCGACACAUUAUCUUCUUUGAUAUUUGACCAAAAGCCCCGAUUCCCUAUGCCAACACUCUUAAUACCUCCUUUGUCAAACCAAGAAUUGCCGCAAAUUCUCACAACGCUUGAAUCAAACCUCGGUAUCUUGUGCUCCAACACUGAUACCCAUCACAUAGUCAUAGCCUCCGCCUUUCAAGACAUGUGGAGUGUGUGCAAACUCAUUCGACCGAAACUAGAGUUGUUGGGCGACAAUCUAUGGCGAGAAGAAGUCUAUCUUGGCACCCAACUCAAUCCAAUCGCAUACCGAAUUCUCGAUUCUGAUGCUCACUCGCAUACAGGUGGGCCAUGCUGCAUGCUGGAAGCUCUUCGCUUGGGAAUACUUCUCUGGAUCCUGGGUCUCAAACAGAAAGCUCAGUCUUACCCAUGUUCACCGGCUUCAUACAUCACCAGACUGCUACUACACAUGCAAAACCCGAGCAUGACGAAUAUUGCUCACCAUUUGCCUUACUUCAUCCCCUACCAGCUCUGGCUCCUAUUUAUUUGUGCAACCAUGACGUUGGACCCGACUGAUAAAGCAAUUGCUUUACAGUUGGUUGCUCGCAUAAUGAACGAAAGCAAAUGGACAUGGGCAGACGUGACGGUGCACAUGCACCAGCUUCCGUGGAUAAUUGAAUUCAGAGCCUAUAACGAGUCUCUUGCCGCAGUAGUUGAGCUGUAUCGUGGUGUA